GGGUUUGUCUGGGCACCGUCGGGGUAGGAUCCGGAACUCAUUCGGAAGGCUUUUUGCAAGCAUUUACUUGGAAGGAGAACUUGGGAUCUUUCUGGGAACCCCCCGCCCCGGCUGGAUUGGCCGAGCAAGCCUGGAAAAUGGUAAAUGAUCAUUUGGAUCAAUUACAGGCUUUUAGCUGGCUUGUCUGUCAUAAUUCAUGAUUCGGGGCUGGGAAAAAGACCAACAGCCUACGUGCCAAAAAAGGGGCAGAGUUUGAUGGAGUUGGGUGGACUUUUCUAUGCCAUUUGCCUCCACACCUAGAGGAUAAGCACUUUUGCAGACAUUCAGUGCAGGGGAGAUCAUGUUUGACUGUAUGGAUGUUCUGUCAGUGAGUCCUGGGCAAAUCCUGGAUUUCUACACUGCGAGUCCGUCUUCCUGCAUGCUCCAGGAGAAAGCUCUCAAAGCAUGCUUCAGUGGAUUGACCCAAACCGAAUGGCAGCAUCGGCACACUGCUCAAUCAAUUGAAACACAGAGCACCAGCUCUGAGGAACUCGUCCCAAGCCCCCCAUCUCCACUUCCUCCCCCUCGAGUGUACAAACCCUGCUUCGUCUGCCAGGACAAAUCAUCAGGGUACCACUAUGGGGUCAGCGCCUGUGAGGGAUGUAAGGGCUUUUUCCGCAGAAGUAUUCAGAAGAAUAUGAUUUACACUUGUCACCGAGAUAAGAACUGUGUUAUUAAUAAAGUCACCAGGAAUCGAUGCCAAUACUGUCGACUCCAGAAGUGCUUUGAAGUGGGAAUGUCCAAAGAAUCUGUCAGGAAUGACAGGAACAAGAAAAAGAAGGAGACUUCGAAGCAAGAAUGCACAGAGAGCUAUGAAAUGACAGCUGAGUUGGACGAUCUCACAGAGAAGAUCCGAAAAGCUCACCAGGAAACUUUCCCUUCGCUCUGCCAGCUGGGUAAAUACACCACGAAUUCCAGUGCUGACCAUCGAGUCCGACUGGACCUGGGCCUCUGGGACAAAUUCAGUGAACUGGCCACCAAGUGCAUUAUUAAGAUCGUGGAGUUUGCUAAACGUCUGCCUGGUUUCACUGGCUUGACCAUCGCAGACCAGAUCACCCUGCUGAAGGCCGCCUGCCUGGACAUCCUGAUUCUUAGAAUUUGCACCAGGUAUACCCCAGAACAAGACACCAUGACUUUUUCAGACGGCCUUACCCUAAAUCGAACUCAGAUGCACAAUGCUGGAUUUGGUCCUCUGACUGACCUUGUGUUCACCUUUGCCAACCAGCUCCUGCCUUUGGAAAUGGAUGACACAGAAACAGGCCUUCUCAGUGCCAUCUGCUUAAUCUGUGGAGACCGCCAGGACCUUGAGGAACCGACAAAAGUAGAUAAACUACAAGAACCAUUGCUGGAAGCACUAAAAAUUUAUAUCAGAAAACGACGACCCAGCAAGCCUCACAUGUUUCCAAAGAUCUUAAUGAAAAUCACAGAUCUCCGUAGCAUCAGUGCUAAAGGUGCAGAACGUGUUAUUACCUUGAAAAUGGAAAUUCCUGGAUCAAUGCCACCUCUCAUUCAAGAAAUGCUGGAGAAUUCUGAAGGACAUGAACCCUUGACCCCAAGUUCAAGUGGGAACACAGCAGAGCACAGUCCUAGCAUCUCACCCAGCUCAGUGGAAAACAGUGGGGUCAGUCAGUCACCACUCGUGCAAUAAGACAUUUUUCUAGCUACUUCAAACAUUCCCCAGUACCUUCAGUUCCAGGAUUUAAAAUGCAAGAAAAAACAUUUUUACUGCUGCUUAGUUUUUGGACUGAAAAUAUACUAAAACUCAAGAAGGACCAAGAAGUUUUCGUAUGUAUCAAUAUAUAUACUCCUCACUGUGUAACUUACCUAGAAAUACAAACUUUUCAAAUUCUAAAAAUAUCAGCCAUUUCAUGCAACCAGAAACUAGUUAAAAGCUUCUAUUUUCCUCUUUGAACACUCAAGAUUGCAUGGCAAAGACCCAGUCAAAAUGAUUUACCCCUGGUUAAGUUUCUGAAGACUUUGUACAUACAGAAGUAUGGCUCUGUUCUUUCUAUACUGUAUGUUUGGUGCUUUCCUUUUGUCUUGCAUACUCAAAAUAACCAUGACACCAAGGUUAUGAAAUAGACUACUGUACAUGUCUGCCUACGUUCAAAAAGAUAACUGUCUUGCUUUCAUGGAAUAGUCAAGACAUCAAGGUAAGGAAACAGGACUAUUGUACAGUAUGACAAGAUAAGACUGAAGCUAUUCUAAUUUAGUUAGUAUGGAAGCUUGUCUUUGCUCUUUCUGAUGCUCUCAAACUGCAUCUUUUAUUUCAUGUUGCCCAGUAAAAAGUAUACAAAUUCCCUGCACUAGCAGAAGAGAAUUCUGUAUCAGUGUAACUGCCAGUUCAGUUAAUCAAAUGUCAUUUGUUCAAUUGUUAAUGUCACUUUAAAUUAAAAGUGGUUUAUUACUUGUUUAAUGACAUAACUACACAGUUUAAAAAAAAAUUUUUUUUUUUACAGUAAUGAUAGCCUCCAAGGCAGAAACACUUUUCAGUGUUAAGAAGUUUUUGUUUACCUGUUCACAAGCCAUUAGGGAAAUUUCAUGGGAUAAUUAGCAGGCUGGUCUACCACCUGGACAAUGUAACUCUAGUGUCCUUCCUGAUUCAUGCCUAAUAUUGGGAUUUUUUUUCCAGCCUUCUUGAUGCCAAGGGGCUAAUAUUAACUCCCAAAGACACAGGCAUAGAAUCUGACUCCUUUGACCUUGUUCAAUCACUAUGAAGCAGAGUGAAAGCUGUGGUAGAGUGGUUAACAGAUACAAGCGUCAGUUUCUUAGUUCUCAUUUAAGCACUAGCGGAAUUUUUUUUUUUUUUUUUUUUUAUAUAUAUAUAUACUAGCAAGUCUGUGAUGUACUUUCACUGGCUCUGUUUGUACAUUGAGAUUGUUUGUUUAACAAUGCUUUCUAUGUUCAUAUACUGUUUACCUUUUUCCAUGGAGUCUCCUGGCAAAGAAUAAAAUAUAUUUAUUUUAAA